AUGAAUGGAUUCUUUCAGCUCAAUCCAUACUAUAAUGACAUUAAGCAGGAAAUCGUGUCCCCGUAUGCAGCACCCGUCGUCGUUGCGACCACUUCACCGCAAACAGUACAGAACGUUGCACAGUCCGGCAACGGUACCGAACGCACCCUAGGCAUACAUCAAAGUUUGACCAAAAGCCAGCGACGGUUUUUGCACGAAAGCCCCGAAGCUCGUGCCAAGCGGCUGGCCCGGAACGCGGAGCGUAUGCGUCAGAAGCGGGCGGCCGAAUCCGAGGACGAGUAUCGCAAACGAAUGGCACAGAACGCGGAAAGGAUGCGAAAGAAGCGUGCCGCAGAAACGGAGGAAGAGUAUCGAAACCGGAUGCAGCGCAACGUGGAAUGUAAAUCGGGCGAAGAGUAUCAGAUCCGGUUGGCCAAGAACGCCGAACGGAACCGUAUGCGGCGGCAAAAUGAGACUGAUCUAGAGCGCAGCAUACGGCGGGCCCGUAGUGCGGCUCGCGAACGGUUGCGACGUGCGAUGGAAACGCCGGAACAGCGCGCAAUACGACUGGCAAAACUGGCUGAACGUAUGCGCAUUUCGCGAGCCAACGAAACCCCCCACCAACGGGCGCUAAGAUUAGCCAAAAAUGCGGCCAAGGCGAAGGAACGGCUGUUGAAUGAAACACCCGAACAGUGGAUCGACCGGAAGCGAAAAAAGGCGGAGUAUGCAAGGCAAAAGCGUGGUGCCGCGGCCGCUGCCGCCAAACUAGGCCUACCGACCACCUGUACCUCGUCCAGCAGCAAUGCCAGCUCUACCAGCCUCAGCGUCCCGUCAACACCGGGCGACACGGUUAGCUUCACCCACGCACCGACGACCAACACGGCGUACAACCUCGAACCUUCCCAUUCGCUCUCGCAAACAUCGCUCGUAUCGUUGUCGACGACGGACCUGAAAGACAUUAAGCUAAUAGCACAAAAACCGGGCCAAAUGUUGCAACUGCCGGAGCAACUGUACGCUACAUCACACAUCCCAUUCAACGGGACCGACCUGAAACCGCCUGAAUUUCUGACCGCCAACAGUCAAUCGGGCCCGCCACACAUCAUGCAGCCGGAGCUGUACAAGUUUCACAUACUGCCCUACACGUUCUCACCCACUGCCGGUGCUGUGCAUCCAACGCAGGCGGAUUACAAAGGCAAAUAG